UGGGAUCUACUUCGUGAUGGGCUUCUCUCAUCCAAAACCAACCGGGAUUGCCUCUGUGAGUCUUCUAAUGCUCCGUCUUCUUCCCAUCUAGUUUCAGAUCGCUACUGUAAUCACAAGCUCAAAUUUAGGACCAUUCUGAGAAAAAUGAUCUGGGAGCUUGGCUUUGCCUGCGUUGCCCUGCCUCGCCACCUGCCAAGCUUCGGUAAAAACGACGGCGACGGUUAUAGAAAGACGAAUCUAGAGCACAACAAGGCGUGGUUGCUUGCAGAGUCUGAUGGGUGCGGAGCAGAGGUGACGAAUGCUGACCCACAAUCUGUUCACUCGUCUUUCCGUUUCAGUUUCUGUUCUCAGGUUGAGCUCGAAUCCUGGAGCUUGAAUUCUUCCGCUGCUGCAACCGUCUUGAUGGUCAAUCUGGACGAUAGAAUGAAUAAUGCUCGAGCUCGAGAGCUGAAAUGUCGGAGGAUCGAGUUCUUGGAAAAAAGCAUUUCCCCUGUAGCCAACACUUUGAUCAGGUUCAACUACGGUGAAAUUCUAUCUGCUACUCGCAAUUUCUCCGAAGGAAGAGUAUUGGGGAGAGGAGCCUUGAGCUGUGUAUUUAGGGGUAGAGUUGGGCUUUUGAGGACUGCUGUAGCAAUCAAACGAUUAGACAAGGAAGACAAGGAAUCUGCGAAGGCAUUCUGUAGAGAACUGAUGAUUGCCAAUUCUCUUCAUAGCCCAAACAUUGUUCCCCUUGUGGGCUUUUGUAUUGACCCCGAGGAGGGUUUAUUUCUGGUGUACAAAUAUGUCUCCGGGGGCAGCCUAGAGCACCAUUUGCAUGAAAGGAAGUGUGUGAAGGGUAGUUCACCACUUCCCUGGCCUGUGAGGUAUAAAGUUGCCAUUGGAAUUGCAGAAGCCCUGGCUUAUCUGCAUAACGGAACUGAAAGAUGCGUUGUUCACAGAGAUAUUAAACCCUCAAACAUUCUUCUUUCCUCCAAAAAGACUCCUAAGUUAUGCGAUUUUGGAUUAGCUACAUGGACUACUGCACCUUCAGUUCCUUUCCUCUGCAAAACAGUCAAGGGAACAUUUGGUUAUUUGGCUCCUGAAUAUUUCCAACAUGGAAAAGUAUCUGCUAAGACUGAUGUUUAUGCUUUCGGAGUUGUUUUAUUAGAACUCAUAACUGGCCGGAGGCCAAUAGAAGCAAAAAAGCCACCAGGAGAGGAGAACUUGGUCUUAUGGGCUAGACCCUUCCUGCAGAAGGGGAAGGGGGCCAUUGAAGAGUUGCUGGAUCCUCGACUCAAGCGCAGUUUGAGAUUCUCAAAUCAGAUGGCUCAGGUGAUAGAAGCAGCAGCUGCCUGUGUUACGAAUGAAGAAUCUCGGAGACCUGGAAUACAAGAGAUUAUUGCAAUACUGAGAGGCCAAGAAGAACGUGUCUUGCCUAAAAGGAAGAAGUCUGGUCUACUUGGGAAUGGGUUGGUAGUUGAUUGCUACCCUCAACUACACCAAACAAAUAACGAGAUGAAAAGACACUUGGCUCUAGCAAUGCUAGGAGUUUCAGAGUUUGAGGAUGAUGAUUAUCUAUAUGGCCGUUGAAACACGACAAGUAACAUGUGGGUUUUUCUUAGUUGAAGGUGUUAGAUGUGAAGAUCUUGAAAUUGUAAAUAGAAAAGGAAACUCAAAAAAUUGUUUUGAGUGUAGAAGCCUUGCGUCUUUCUUUCUAUCUUACAGGGUAAAAGAGCAAAUAAAUUCAUUCCAAGUUUAUGGUGGCCGUUCAAAUCUUGUAAGUUAUGGGCUAUCAAGAUCGAGAGUGCAUGUUUUAGGCAAAAAUGUGUCGAUACUUGUAAAGAUUUUGAUUUGCAAAAUUACUGUGGCAUCUUCUUUUAA